CACGCCGUAAAUUCAAUUCAAAAUGGAUGCAGGUUCAUGUUGGGUAAUUCACAGCGAACAUUACAUAUAAUAUUUUGCCCAGUCAGUUGUUUGACUGGAUUUGUUCCACCUUGGACGAAACUUGCUUUCAUUCGAAAGUAGCACAUUUCUACCGACUUUUUGCCGAACGUGGCAACGGUGUUCAACGGCAAGUGGUGGAUGCGUACACAGAAUUUACAAACAUCUGGUGUUGGUUGUUGUGCACAGUGAAUUUGUUGCGAGUAUUCAAAAGUGUUUUCAGGUUGUUUUAGCGGCAAUUAUAGCAUUGUUAUCAUUGAUAGACAAUUUUCAAAGACAAUGGGACGUCGUAAGUGCAUUCUUUGUGGAGUUAGCAGUGAAAAAACUGAGGCAACCUUCCACAGGUUUCCUAGUGAUAAGAGAAAACAAGAAGAAUGGUGCACUGUCCUCAAUAUUGACAUAAAUGAUUUACCACUUCAUGCCUUUAUUUGCGCAAAUCAUUUUCACAAAAGUGAUUUAAUAGAAGGCAAAAGAACUCAACUAAAGCAUUCAGCAGUUCCAUCAGUAGAGCCUUUGAGGCAAACAAAUGAUUCCAGUGAUGAGGAGAAUGAAAUCAAUCUUGCCCAGGAAAUUGCCCUAAGCCAUUCAAAUAGUGAACAACUGGAAAGCAGGGAUCUACCUAGAGAACAAAUAAAGUCACCAGAAGUAGCAACAGAAAUGGUAUGUGAAUACAGUUUUCCUGAACAAGAUCGAACAACAGAUAGUAGCACCCUAUCAGCUUCGCUGUCAGGUACCCAGUCAUUAUCUGAAUCCGCUACAUUAAGUGCUUCACAAUCAGGUACUGGAAGUAUCCCAGUGACACCACAGUCCCGUACCCAUGCCUCAGAAUUAGAUAUGAUGAUUUUAAACACAUUCAUAGAAGCAAAAGGUGACAAUGAGGAAGAUAACCUCAAAGAAAAUGAUAGUGAUGGUGAACCUCCACGGAAAAGAAUGAAAACAAAACCUAUUCGAUACUUCGGCGAUAUACGUUAUACUGAUUUGGAAAACCCACUUAAAAGGCCAAUUUGCUGGAAAGUCAUUCAAAACACGUAUAAGAAACAAAGAAAGACAAUUGACUGUUUACGAGCCAAAUCAAGAAGACAAGCAAACAAAAUUUGGUCUCUUCAAGCAUUGACAAACCAUUUGAAGCAAAUAAAUAUGAUAUCGGAGAAUGCUCAACACAUGCUUGAUGGCUCCAUUGCAGAAGACAUUUUUAACAAAAUUCAAAGAGGCCGAAAAAAAGAAAAAUAUAGUGCAGAACUGCGUCGUUUUGCGCUAACUUUACACUUUUAUUCAAAAAAGGCGUACAACUAUGUACGAACAAAAUUGAAUAAAAUAUUACCCCACACCAGUACCAUAACUAAGUGGUAUGCAACAGUUAAUGGGUCUCCCGGAUUUUUGACAGAGGCUUUACAAGCACUGAAAAUAAAAGUCACAGAAGCCAGAAACCAAGAAAAAGAGAUCCUCUGCAAUCUAGUUUUUGACGAAAUGUGCAUAAUGAAGAAAGUAGAGUGGGAUGGGAAGCGAACGUACGGAUACGUGGACCUAGGCAUUGGUGAUGCAGGUGACACUGGAGACACUGUCGAAGAGGCAAGAGAGGCGCUAGUAUUCAUGCUAGUUGCACUGAAUUGUUCUUGGAAGAUACCAGUUGGCUAUUUUCUCAUUAAUGGACUCACUGGCGCAGAAAAAGCCAAUCUUUUAGAGCACUGUUUAGAGUUCGUCCACUCAUCAGGUGUCACAGUUACAUCAAUUACAUUUGAUGGAGCGCCCUCAAAUGUUGCGAUGUGCAACGUGUUGGGAGCAAAUUUUAACGUGGAAGGCGACUUCAAAUCUUACUUUUUGCACCCAAUCACAAAAGACCCUGUCUUUAUAUUUUUUGAUGCUUGCCAUAUGGUCAAAUUGAUAAGAAACUGCUUUGGGACAUUCAAAAUACUGACUGAUGGAAAUGAAGAAAAAAUCCAAUGGACCUUCUUAGAAAAGAUAGCUAAGUUGCAAGAAGAUACUGGAAUGCAUGCGGCAACAAAGUUGAGGAAAAAACAUCUCCAAUGGGUGAAUGAAAAGAUGAAAGUUGCAGAAGCAUUGGACUUUUUGAACAAAGAUCUGGCUAUGGCUGACUUCAAGGAUUCAGAAGCUACAGCAUAUUUUUGUAGAACAGUAAACAAUUUAUUUGAUGUUUUUAAUUCAAGGAAUAGGAUGUCAAAAAAACCUUAUGAGAAACCGUUGUCACCUGCUACUGAACAAUAUUUCAAUUUCUUAGAAGAAGCGAAGGAUUAUUUGAAAUCGUUAAAAUUAGGAGACACUAGAGUUAUACUUUCUAGAAGAAAAUUAGGAUUUUUGGGAUUCAUAAUUUCAAUAAACAGUUUAAAGGGCCUGUAUGAAUAUAGAGUCAAAGAAACCAAAGAGCUGAAGUACCUUCUCACAUAUAAGUUAUCUCAAGAUCAUUUGGAAAUUUUCUUCAGUUGUAUAAGAAGCAAAGGAGGAUACAGCAAUAAUCCUACCUCGAAGCAGUUUCAGAAUAUUUUAAAAAAAUUAUUACUUCAUACUGAAAUAAGUGGCAAUGAAGCAUCCAAUGUCGUGGCAUUAGAUAGCACAUCCAUUUUGCACUGUUCAUCAUCAUCUUUAGAGAUCAAAAUUAGUGAGGAUAUGACCUCAUCAUCAAACAGUAUAGAGGAAGAUGAAGAUUUUACACAAUUUAAAAACUUUCUUCGAAUAAGUCCUUGGCAGCUUACACUGUAUCUGGAAGAUGUUGUUGCAUAUGUUGCAGGUUUUGUUGUGAAGAGGCUAAAAAAGUCUAUAAAAUGCCAGAGUUGUUUAGAUUUGUUAGAAACUUCAGGAGAGUCUAUAUCGAAAUUACAAAUAAGAAAAACGUAUGGAAAAUUAGUUAAAGCCUCCGCUUUUGUAAUAAAUGUGUGUAAAUAUGGAGAACAUUGCUUUAGGUUAUAUAAGGAAAGGUUAGAAGUUGGCAAAAAAAUAUGACAAGAGUUUUACAAAUAUUAACAAAUUAUACAUUGCAAAAUUUACCUCUUGGAUUCGGAAAUGUGUUUAAGGACCAUGUAUUCGAAGAUGAACCUUUAAGUAAUCAUUUUCCAUUGCUCUGUAAACAAGUUUUAGAACAAUAUUUUACCAUUAAGUUGUACCAUUAUACCUCUAACUUGAAUGCCCCUUCAAAACGUGUACGAUCAUUACUCACAAAAAGUAUAUUAUUUCAAAAUCAAUAAAACCUGAUAAUUACAAAAAAAUGAAAAGCAAAAUUAUAAAAUGAAUUAUAAAUAAUGACUAAGGGAGAGUGACAAGUCCAAAGGAAUUGUUUUACUGAAAUAUGCACUAAACCAAAUAAAAUAAACCUCCAAACAUGGAUUGACUACUAUAAAAUAAUGUAUAAACCUACCCCCAAUGUUGACUUUAGCUUUUUAGAUGUUUUACAUCCAUAUCUGGAUCAGCAUAUAUCAAUACAAGAAGUUUUUGACGCGCUAAAUGGCUAAAAUGGCUAUCAGAGUCUACAGAGUAUGCUAAAUCCCCAAGUAUACCGUUAUGUAUAAAACUAUUUAUAAUCCAACUUAAGAUCCACAAUAAAUGUAGUCUCAAAAUCUUCCUAAACAAUAUUUCAUACAGGGUUGACCAAACAGACUAUUGUACAAUAUGUAAUACUCGAAAGACCGAAUCUUUAGGACAUCUCCUAGUGGAAUGUCUAUUAUACAAUCCAUUGAGAGAGCAUAUUCUGUCAGAUCGUUUGAACCAAAUCUGUGUCUUUGCUUGCCUAAAUAAAACGACUGAGUUGAAUUUAUGAUACAAACUUUAAAUACUUUAGGGAACUAUUUAAGCUAAGAUCUUUAUUAAGGAAUGAAUAGUUUUUUUGUGCCUUCAAUAUCAAGACAGAAUAUUUAAAUUGAUGCGCC